AUGGUUCGCAUCGUUUCCGCUAUCACUGCCAGCCUCGUUGCUGUUGCGUCCCUUGUCGCCGCUCAUCCUGGUCAUGACCACAAGGCCGAAGCGGCUGAGCGACGCCAAUUCAUGGCAAGCGCGCGAAUUCAAACCCGUAGCUUGUCUCAAUGUGCCUCUCAGUUGAAGGCUCGUGGUCACGAGGCGAAGAAUGUUGCUCGUCGCCAUCAUGCGGUCCGGAGCAUCCGUCACCGUCGAGGUUUGAUCGGAGGCAAUCGAUACUUCAGGGCUCGUGAUCUGGACAGUGCUCUGGGCACUUCUCACGCAUCCAACUUGACUGGAAUUACUCCUUCAACCGAUGCCUCCAUCCUGUUCGGUUCGGAGGCCACCUGCAUUCUGGCGCCAGAUGUCACUCAGGGUCCUUAUUACGUGAGUGGCGAACUCAUCCGACAGAACAUUGUCGAGAACGAGGGAGGUGUCCCGCUGUACAUGGAUAUCCAGCUCAUCGACACCAAUACCUGCGAGCCUCUUCCCGAUGUGUACAUGGAUAUUUGGCACUGUAACGCUACUGGCGUUUAUUCUGGUAUCCAAGCCAAUGGUAACGGCGACUCCUCGGAUGGGACCAAUCUGAACGCGACCUUUCUACGUGGAAUCCAGCCGAGCAACAGGGACGGCAUCGUGCAAUUCGAGUCCAUCUUCCCUGGUCACUAUACUGGCCGUGCCACUCACAUACACGUCCUGACCCAUCCCGUCAAUGAGACCACUGCCCUCCAAAACAACACUAUUUCCGGCCUUUACUCCUCCAAGACUUCCCACGUUGGUCAACUCUUCUUCGACCAAGACCUCAUCACCCAAGUUGAAAAGGUCUCUCCGUACUCCACCAACACGCAAGACCUGACCACCAAUGCCGAGGACAGCAUUCUGUCUGAGGAGGCGGACUCAAUCGACCCCUUCAUGGAGUAUGUACUCCUCGGCAAUGACAUUUCCGAUGGUCUCUUUGCUUGGAUCACCGUUGGCGUGGACAGUACUGAGGAUAGCACCGUGACUCCCGCUGCGUAUUAUACCGAGCAGGGCGGCGUUGAAAAUGAGAACAGCGGCAUGGGUGGUGGUGGUGGUAGCGGUGGCCCUGGCGGCAGUGGUGCUCCUCGCAGCGGCGGAUUCUCGUCGAUGGCUGCUACUCCUUCUUCGUCAAUGGGCCUGGCGGCUACAUCGAGUGCUGUUGCUGCAUGCGGUGAAACUACUGCUUAA